CACGGGCGCGGGGCCCGGGCCAGCGGAGAGCAGAGGCUCUGCUGAUGGACCUUCAGCCCGGGCGGCGUGGCCCUGCCUUGCCGCAGGCGGCGUAGGGCUCCUGGCGGGCCCCCGUGCUGAAGUCUGCUGAGUGGGUGGUGAGUUCCCGCAAGACAGCAGAAUGUGGCAGCUUGUUCUCUUGAUUGUGGGCUGUGAUCUGGCUGCCGCUGCCGCCUACAGCAACUUUCGGAAAGGCAGCGAGGGCGCGGGGCGGAGGCAGUAUCAGGUCCAGCACGGCUCCUGCAGCUACACCUUCCUGCUGCCCGAGGCCGACAACUGCCGCCCCCCGGCCAGCGCCUAUGUGUCCAACGCCGUGCAGAGGGACGCCCCGCUGGACUACGACGACUCCGUGCAGCGGCUGCAGGCGCUGGAGAGCAUCAUGGAGAACAACACGCAGUGGCUGCUGAAGCUUGAGAAUUAUAUCCAGGACAACAUGAAGAAGGAGAUGGUGGAGAUCCAACAGAACGUGGUCCAGAACCAGACGGCGGCCAUGAUCGAGAUAGGGACCAACCUGCUGAACCAGACGGCAGAGCAGACGCGGAAGCUGACAGACGUGGAGGCCCAGGUAUUAAAUCAGACAACAAGACUUGAACUGCAGCUUCUGGAACAUUCCCUGUCUACAAACAAACUGGAAAAGCAGAUUCUGGACCAGACCAGUGAAAUAAACAAGCUACAGGAUAAGAACAGUUUCCUGGAGAAGAAGGUGCUGGACAUGGAGGACAAGCACGUCGUCCAGCUGCAGUCAAUCAAGGAAGAGAAGGACCAGCUGCAGGUGCUCGUGUCCAAGCAGAGCUCUGUCAUCCAGGAGCUGGAGCGGCAGCUGGUGACCGCCACGGCCAACAACUCCGCGCUGCAGCGGCAGCAGCACGAUCUGAUGGAGACGGUGCGCAGCCUGCUGACCCUGAUGUCCACGCCCAACUCAGCGAGGAGUGCCCCGGCGGCCGGGGAGGAGCCCAGCACGUUCAGGGACUGCGCCGAGGUCUUCCGGGCUGGCCGCACGGCCAGCGGCACCUACACGCUCACGUUCCCUAACUCCACCGAGGAGGUAAAGGCCUUCUGCGACAUGGAGACGGGCGGUGGCGGCUGGACGGUCAUCCAGCGGCGGGAGGACGGCAGCGUGGACUUCCAGAGGACUUGGAAAGAGUAUAAAGCGGGCUUCGGGAACCCGGCGGGCGAGCACUGGCUGGGCAACGAGUUCGUGUCGCAGGUGACCAGCCGGCAGCGCUACGUGCUCAGGAUCCAGCUGAAGGACUGGGAGGGGGGCGAGGCGUACGGGCUGUACGAGCACUUCUCCCUGGCCGGAGAGGAGCUCAACUACAGGAUUUACCUGAAAGGCCUCACAGGGACGGCGGGCAAGAUAAGCAGCAUCAGCCAGCCGGGGAGCGGCUUCAGCACCAAGGACGCGGACAACGACAAGUGCAUCUGCAAGUGCUCCCAGAUGCUCACCGGAGGCUGGUGGUUUGACGCCUGCGGCCCGUCCAACCUGAACGGCAUGUACUACCCGCAGCGGCAGAACACAAACAAGUUCAACGGCAUCAAGUGGUACUACUGGAAGGGGUCCGGCUACUCGCUCAAAGCCACCGCCAUGAUGAUCCGGCCCGCCGACUUCUGAGCGCCCUGGACGCGCCGUUCCUCAGACGGAGGCCGUGCUGCCCCUCACCCCGUGGACAGCGGGCCCCGUGCCCAGGACCCCUGCCCCCUCCGCCCCAACGCACAAGCUGGAGCAGCUGCGCCUGGCGGGGCCCCGGGGCGCGGCAGGGUGUGGAAGACGCAGCAGGCGGGCAGCGCAGACGGGCGCCACAGCCAACCACAGUGCACACAACUGGAACGCACACCUGGGCACGCAGGCCGGCGUCUCGCCCAGGCCUCUGGCACCGCCUGCAGGGCGCCGAAGGCCCAUGCGCCCUGUCACGGCCGAGGGAGGAACACGCUCCCCGCCACAGAGGCCCGCCCUGCGGUCAGGAUUCUGAGCAAAAGACUCGCAGUGGUUCCCUGUUUGGAGAAGGAAAAGCGCAGCGAACGUGUUUCUGCUCCUCUUAGGUGCUGCCGACUUUUUGUGAAAACAGCAUAUUUGCAGAUGGUGACAGCUUAGUUUUAAGUUAAUGCUCAAAUAUAUAAUUCAAGUUUAGGCCAUGAAAUCCUCCAGGGUCUCUGGAAUCAUGAAUAGAAGCGAGGGUUCUUUCCGUCUCUAGGGAGAUUGUACUAUUUUUUUUCUGUCUGACUGUUAAAUAUAAAGGUAUUUUUAGUAAUUAAAGAUAACUUAUUAGGUGAGAUGCUGCAUGUAACUCCUACGAUGAUAUUUGCAAUGUUGCAAUGUGUUUGCAAAGCCACCAACUGUGCCUUAUGACAAGGAAAAGUUUUACUUUUAAUGAUAAAAAAUAUACAUUUAAUUUCAUG